AGUGUGGUGGAGAGGGUGGGGGCAGGCUGAGUAUUAUGGUCUGUCCGUUGCGAGGUAACUAUGCAGAGUUCUGUGAGUGUUAUAGAACGGAGGGGUGGAAUAUUAUGGGAUGUCUGCCCCCUUUGUGUGUUUGUGUGGAUGUUAGCUAAGCUGUGCUAGCCACUGAGGUUGGGGGAGAGAAGGGGAGGACGGUGAGAGCAACGUGUUUAGCGGGACAAUUAACUGCACCUUUUUUUCUCGAUGAUUUUACAGUAUUUUUUAAUAUCAUUAGUACCACUAAGGUACACUUGUUAUCAAACCAAGAGAACCAUCUAAAUUCGGGACAACACACCCCACCGCCCCCCUCCCCCCUUUCCUGGACACCCCCGUUCCAUUCUCCACCACCCACACGUCAUUUUCCCUCCUCCCUCGCCGACAAGAUCAGGCAAGGGGGGUGUCGACGAGAGGGAUUAAUUGUAUUAAUAAACUCUUAAAUAUUUAAAUAUGUCGGGAAGUGAGGAUGAAAGGGAAGACUUUGGACCUACGGAGAGCCAUUCACUUGUACAUGAUGAAGAGCUCGAAGAGGUUAUGUCAGACGUCGAUCUGCCCAAGUCAAAGAAGAAAAAGAAAGCCAAAAAGAGCCGCGAGAGUCGGAGCAGCAAGAGGCAAAGAGCCGCUCGAGAGGAGAUACCCGUCAGCUCCCCAGAGCCCAUGAUGGGGUCAGAGGCGGUAGAGAUGGAGGGCGGGGAGGAAGGAGCAGGUGUGAGGUCAGAGAGUGAAGGAAGCGACUACGCCCCCGGGAGGAAGAAGAAGAAACGGUCCAGUUCAGCCAAAGAGAAGAAGAAAGGAGGAGGCGCGGGUGGAGACAGGGAGAAAGGUGGAGGGACUUCGUCCAGCUCAAAGAGUAAGCGGAAAGACCCGGAACCUGAGGAAGACGAGGAUGAUGACGAUAGCCAGCCCAAGAGCUCCACCCAGUUGUUGGAUGACUGGGGCAUGAAGGACAUCGACCAUGGGUUUACUCAAGAAGACUACAGCUCCCUCACUAACUACAAGGCUUUCAGCCAGUUUGUCAGGCCCCUCAUAGCAGCCAAGAACCCCAAGAUUGCCGUGUCCAAGAUGAUGACCUUGAUGAUGGCCAAGUGGAGAGAGUUCAGCACCAACAACCCUCUGAAGGGCUGUGCCAGCGCCAAUGCAGCCCUGGCAGCUGCCAGCGUGGCUGCGGCCGUAGAGAGCAUGGUGGUGGUGGCAGAGGGAGUCGUGGAGCCGGCGGCAGCCCCCUCGCCCGUGCCGGCCCCCACCCCGGUGGUAGUGGUGCCCCCAGCCCCCGUUGUUCCCCCACCCCCCGCACCCCCGCUCCGCAAGGCCAAGACCAAAGAGGGCAAAGGUCCCAACGCACGCCGAAAGACCAAACCCACACCCAAGGCCCCGCCCAAGCCCAAGCUCAAAAAGGUGGCUCCGCUCAAGAUCAAACUAGGAGGCUUCAACAGCAAGAGGAAGCGUUCUUCUAGUGAGGAGGACGAGCCGGAUGUGGACAGCGACUUUGAGGAGUUUGCCGUGUCAGACGGCUCCAACAGCCGAAGCAGCCGCUCCAAGAAGAAGGCCAAGAGCUCCAAGAAGAAGAAGAAAGUGGAGACAGAGGACGGGGACGGCUAUGAGACGGACCACCAGGACUACUGUGAGGUGUGUCAGCAGGGCGGAGAGAUCAUCCUGUGUGACACCUGUCCCAGGGCCUACCACAUGGUCUGCCUGGACCCCGACAUGGAGAAGGCCCCUGAGGGCAAGUGGAGCUGUCCUCACUGUGAGAAAGAGGGGAUCCAGUGGGAGGCCAGGGAGGAGCUGUCGGAGGGGGAGGCGGAGGACGAGGAGGAGCGGAGGGAGGAGGCGGGGGUGGAAGAGGAGGACGACCACCACAUUGAGUUUUGCAGGGUGUGCAAGGACGGAGGGGAGCUGCUGUGCUGUGACACCUGCCCCUCCUCCUACCACCUCCACUGCCUAAACCCCCCCCUGCCUGAGAUCCCCAACGGGGAGUGGAUCUGCCCCCGCUGCACGUGCCCCGGAAUGAAGGGUAAAGUCCAGAAGGUUCUGACGUGGCGCUGGGGGGAUGCCCCAGCCCCCACGCCCGUGCCCCGCCCCGAGGACCUAGCGGCCGACGCCCCUGACCCCCCUCCGCUGGCUGGGCGCAGGGAGAGGGAGUUCUUUGUGAAGUGGUGCAACAUGUCCUACUGGCACUGCUCCUGGGUGCAGGAGCUUCAGCUGGAGUUGAACUGCCAGGUGAUGUUCCGUAACUACCAGAGGAAGACGGACAUGGACGAGCCCCCUGCGGUGGACUUUGGGCUGGAGGGAGAUGACGACAAGAGCAGCAAGAGGAAGAACAAGGAUCCACUCUACAUCCACAUGGAGGAGGAAUUCUACCGCUACGGCGUCAAGAUGGAGUGGCUCAUGAUCCAUCGCGUGCUCAACCACAGUGUGGAUAAGAAGGGCAACGUCCACUACCUGAUCAAGUGGAGAGACCUGGCCUACGACCAGGCCUCCUGGGAGAAUGAAGAGAUGGACAUCCCAGAGUUUGACGUAUACAAGCAGACCUACUGGAACCACAGAGAGUUGAUGGUGGGGGAUGAGGGCCGGCCUGGGAAGAAGCUCAAGAAGACAGCUAAGGUGAAGAAGACUGAGAGGCCCCCUGCUAACCCAGUGGUCGACCCCACCAUCAAGUUUGACCGUCAGCCAGAGUACCUGGAGACCACGGGGGGCACCCUGCACCCCUACCAGCUGGAGGGCCUCAACUGGCUGAGGUUCUCCUGGGCUCAGGCUACAGACACCAUCCUGGCCGACGAGAUGGGCCUGGGCAAGACCGUGCAGACCGCCGUGUUCCUCUACUCACUCUACAAGGAGGGUCACUCCAAGGGCCCGUUCCUGGUCAGCGCCCCCCUCUCCACCAUCAUCAACUGGGAGCGAGAGUUUGAGAUGUGGGCUCCGGACAUGUACGUGGUGACGUACGUCGGUGACAAGGACAGCAGGGCCGUCAUCAGGGAGAACGAGUUCUCCUUCGAGGGCAACGCCAUCAGAGGAGGGAAGAAGGCCUCCAAGAUGAAGAAAGAUUCAACGGUCAAGUUCCACGUCCUGCUGACGUCGUAUGAGCUGAUCACCAUCGACCAGGCCAUCCUGGGCUCCAUCGACUGGGCCUGCCUGGUGGUGGACGAGGCCCACAGGCUCAAGAACAACCAGUCUAAGUUCUUCCGUGUGCUGAAUAACUACCCCCUGCAGCACAAGCUGCUGUUGACAGGCACUCCUCUGCAGAACAAUCUAGAAGAGCUCUUCCACCUUCUCAACUUUCUCACCCCGGAGAGAUUCAAUAACCUGGAGGGCUUCCUGGAGGAGUUUGCAGACAUCGCCAAGGAGGACCAGAUCAAGAAGCUCCACGAGAUGCUGGGGCCUCACAUGCUGAGGAGGCUGAAGGCCGACGUGUUCAAGCACAUGCCUUCCAAGACCGAGCUCAUCGUCCGCGUGGAGCUCAGCCCCAUGCAGAAGAAGUACUACAAGUUCAUUCUGACGCGCAACUUUGAGGCCCUAAACACCCGCGGAGGAGGGAACCAAGUCUCUCUGCUCAACGUGGUGAUGGACCUCAAGAAAUGCUGCAACCACCCCUAUCUCUUCCCCGGAGCUGCGAUGGAGGCGCCAAAGAUUCCGAACGGAAUGUAUGAGGGCAGCGCUCUCACAAAGGCUUCUGGGAAACUGACGCUGUUGCAAAAGAUGAUGAAGAAACUGAAGGAAGGAGGACAUAGGGUGCUCGUGUUCUCUCAGAUGACAAAGAUGCUGGAUCUGUUGGAGGAUUUCCUGGAGAACGAGGGUUACAAGUAUGAGAGGAUCGAUGGUGGGGUGACCGGGGGGAUGAGGCAGGAGGCUAUCGACCGCUUUAACGCUCCUGGUGCUCCUCAGUUUGCCUUCCUCCUCUCCACCAGAGCUGGGGGUUUGGGCAUCAACCUGGCAACCGCUGACACCGUCGUCAUCUAUGACUCAGAUUGGAACCCUCACAACGACAUCCAGGCGUUCAGCAGAGCCCAUCGUAUCGGCCAGAACAAGAAGGUGAUGAUCUACCGCUUCGUCACCAAGGCGUCAGUGGAGGAGCGCAUCACCCAGGUGGCCAAGAAGAAGAUGAUGCUGACCCACCUGGUGGUGAGGCCAGGCCUGGGCUCCAAGACGGGCUCCAUGUCCAAACAGGAGCUGGACGACAUCCUCAAGUUCGGCACCGAGGAGCUCUUCAAGGACGAGCUGGGGGAAGGUGACAACAAGGAGGAUGACAGCAGCGUGAUCCACUAUGACGACAAGGCCAUCGACCGCCUGCUGGAUCGCGACCAGAGCGCCACGGAGGACACGGAGAUCCAGAGCAUGAACGAGUACCUGAGCUCCUUCAAGGUGGCCCAGUACGUGGUCAAAGACGAGGAGGAAGAGGAGGAGGAGGUGCAGCGCGAGGUGAUCAAGCAGGAGGAGAGCGUGGACCCAGACUACUGGGAGAAGCUGCUGAGGCACCACUAUGAGCAGCAGCAGGAGGACCUGGCCCGCAACCUGGGCAAGGGCAAGAGGACGCGCAAGCCCGUCAACUACAACGACGGCUCCCAAGAGGACCGAGAUUGGCAAGAGGAUCAGUCCGACAACCAAUCAGACUACUCGGUGGCUUCGGAGGAGGGAGAUGAGGACUUUGAUGAACGUUCCGAAGCUAACGCCCGCAGACCCAACCGUAAGGGGCUCAGGAACGACAGGGACAAGCCACUGCCCCCCCUGCUGGCCAGAGUGGGAGGCAACAUCGAGGUGCUGGGCUUCAACGCGCGCCAGAGGAAGGCCUUCCUGAACGCAGUGAUGCGUUAUGGGAUGCCCCCACAAGACGCCUUCACCACCCAGUGGCUGGUCAGAGACCUGCGAGGGAAGUCUGAGAAAGAGUUCAAGGCGUACGUCUCUCUCUUCAUGCGGCAUCUCUGCGAGCCCGGGGCCGACGGAGCGGAGACCUUUGCCGACGGCGUUCCCCGCGAAGGGUUGUCGCGGCAACACGUUCUCACGCGCAUCGGCGUGAUGUCACUGAUCAGGAAGAAGGUGCAGGAGUUUGAGCAUGUGAACGGCCAGUGGUCCAUGCCCUGGAUGAUGGAGCUGGAGGAGACCAAGAGGGCAGCAGCACUGGCCGCAGGAGAAGAUCCCAAGACCCCCUCUACUGGGACCCCCGCAGACACACAGCCCAACACCCCCGCCCCAGAGGAUAUCAGCAAGGCUGAGGACCCCAAGGAAGCAGAGGGAGACAAGGAGGCCAGAGGAAACAAGUCAGAUGAUCCAGAGAUUAUCGAAAUCCCGGACGAGUCAGAGAAGUCUCCGUCGCCCGAGAACAAGGCCGGCGCCGGAGACUCCCCUGCGGUGAAGGAGGAGCAGGAGAAGGAGGCGGGCGUGGGCGAGGCCGACAGGGAGAAGGAGCCCCAAGACAAGGACAAGGACAAGGAGGAGAAGCCUUCAGAGCCAGCGGAGGACAAGAGCGAGUCCCCGGAGGUCAAGGGUGAAGGCUCCGAGGGCACAGCGGGGUCAGAGGGCAAAGUGGAAGAGAGCAAAGAGGAGAAGAUGGACACCAGUCCCCCCGCUGAACAAAAGAAAGCAGAACAAAAGGAGGAGAAGGAGGGGGUGAAGACGGAGGAGUGCAGCAAGCUGGCCAACGGAGAGAAGGCCAGAGAGGGCGGAGCCACGGUCAACAUCAGCGAGGAGAAGAAGAAGGCCACCAAGCAGAGGUUCAUGUUCAACAUCGCAGACGGAGGGUUCACAGAACUUCACUCUCUGUGGCAGAACGAGGAGAGGGCGGCCACAGUGACCAAAAAGACCUUUGAAAUCUGGCACCGUCGUCAUGACUACUGGCUGCUGGCUGGCAUCAUACAACAUGGGUACGCGCGCUGGCAGGACGUGCAGAACGACGUGAAGUACGCCAUCCUCAACGAGCCCUUCAAAGGGGAGAUGAGCCGGGGAAACUUCCUGGAGAUCAAGAACAAAUUCCUGGCCCGCAGGUUCAAGCUCCUGGAGCAGGCCCUGGUGAUAGAGGAGCAGCUGCGCAGGGCAGCCUACCUCAACAUGUCGGAGGACCCCGCCCACCCCUCCAUGGCCCUCAACACGCGCUUCAGCGAGGUGGAGUGCCUGGCCGAGUCCCACCAGCACCUCAGCAAAGAGUCCAUGUCCGGGAACAAGCCCGCCAACGCCGUGCUGCACAAGGUGCUCAAACAGCUCGAAGAGCUCCUUAGCGACAUGAAGGCUGACGUCACACGCCUCCCGGCAACCAUCGCCAGGAUACCUCCCGUUGCCGUGCGGCUGCAGAUGUCCGAGAGGAACAUCCUCAGCCGAUUGGCGAGCCGCGGCCCGGAGGUCACAGGCCAGAGCCAAUCACAGGCCGCACAGCAGAUGCAGGUGCCACGCUGACCCGGUCCAGCCCCGUCCGAUGUUACUCAGAUGUACCUACUCCCUGUUUCAUCCCAUGUAGCACUAGUGUCCCCCAGACCCUUACCUUGUACAGCACCGUACGAUAUGUCUACCUCUGUAGCCCCUCCCACCCACCCGCCCUUAUUAAAGCCCAGCCCAGUCACCUACACCCCCCACGGCCUCAACAGAUCCCCCUCCGUACUGGCUCCUUGUCACUGGAAAGACACUCAGACCCAGUCCUCUGUCCCUCCUAUUGGAACAGCAGGUCCUCCUUCUGUGCGGCUGGCCUGUUCUGUCUCUGUGGAAGCCAGUCCUCUGUCCCUCCUAUUGGAACAGCAGGUCCUCCUUCUGUGCGGCUGGCCUGUUCUGUCUCUGUGGAAGAGUCAGGUGUGGGGGUGCAAAAACUAGAAUAGAAACAGGAAUCAUUCUUUUUGAGUACGGGUCGUGGAGUGUUUUGCUGAAAUGUAGACGUUGCUGGGGUCAUGUGUAAUCAUGUGGACGUUAAAACCAUGGAUGUUCAAUCCCAUUUCCUUUGUACGUCUGGAUCUGCGCUACAAGAGUGUGUGUGUACGCGGGCGUGCGUGUGCGUGUGUUUGUGUGUACGCGUGCGGGCGUGCGUGUGUUUGCGUGUGUGCGUGCGUGGAGUGUGACAGGGUAUUCUAAUGUGCAUCUCUACUGCAGACGGAUCCAGACCCUCAGUGUGUUCAUGUUUUACCAGAGAGACUGUUAUUAACUAUGAAGUUCUGAUUAUGUUGUAGAAUAAUAACACUGUUUGGUCCUUCAGUGCUCUCCCCUUCAACCCUGACCCCCCCACCCCCAUUCCUCACCAGAGAACCCAUGUGACUUAACACUGUCCGGUGAUUGGUUAUCCCCUCCCCCUCUUGUCACGUCCCAUCUUGCACCUCUACAUUCCUGAUUGGUUUCUAGGUGACUUGUUCCUGAGGCGUCUCCCUUUUACUUUUUUCUUUGUUUUGCUCAGAUAAGAACAUGCAAUAGCUCCACAUGUUCAGAGACAUGGGAUGUCUUUGAGACUGACAACCUAAGUUAAGUUAAUUUCUUACAGUCUAACGUUUUUGUUGUUUUAAAAGUUAAACUAUUUUAUGGUUACCACCUUGUUGUUUUUAUCGUUACAGUUUCUUUAUGAGAACUACAAUAAAAAAAGGGUAACAGUU